UGGCAGCAGAGGCGGUGGCCCGGCUCCCGGAGGCUGUCGCGGAGCUUCCCCCGCGGGUCCCCUUGAAGGGGCGCGGGCUCACCGAUGUCCGUGAGGAGGUGCCUGGUGGGCCUCACCUUUUGCACUUGCUACCUGGCUUCUUACCUCACGAACAAGUAUGUCCUGUCUGUCUUGAAAUUUACCUACCCUACAUUAUUCCAAGGGUGGCAGACCUUAGUUGGUGGACUUUUGCUUCAUGUGUCAUGGAAGCUGGGCUGGGCCAAGAUCAACAGCAGCUCAAGAUCUGAUGUUUGGACUUGGCUUCCUGCUUCCGUGUUGUUUGUGGGUAUAAUCUAUGCUGGUUCCAGGGCACUAUCCAAACUGGCCAUUCCUGUGUUUCUCACUUUGCAUAAUGUAGCUGAAGUUAUCCUCUGUGGGCACCAGAAGUGUUUUCGGAAAGAGAAAACUUCUCCUGCAAAGAUCUGUAGUGCCCUCUUUCUCCUGGCUGCCGCAGGAUGCCUUCCCUUCAAUGACCCCCAGUUUGAUCCCGGUGGAUAUUUCUGGGCUGUAAUUCACUCAUUCUGCGUAGGGGCAUAUAAGAUAUUUCAGAAGGCCCGGCAACCCAGUGCGCUCAGUGACAUUGACCAGCAGUACUUAAACUAUAUGUUCAGCGUGGUGCUUCUGGGACUUGCAUCUCAUCCUACAGGUGACCUCUUCAGCGUCCCGGACUUCCCGUUCCUGUAUUUCUACAGAUUCCAUGGCAGCUGCUGUGCCAGUGGAUUAUUAGGAUUCUUUCUCAUGCUCAGCACAGUGAAGCUGAAAAGCCUUAUGGCCCCAGGGCAGUGUGCAGCCUGGAUUUUCUUUGCUAAGGUGCUCACAGCUGGCUCCUCGGUAUUGCUAUUUGAUAUGAUCCUGACCAGUGCGACAGUGGGAUGCCUCCUGCUCGGGGGCCUUGGAGAGGCCUUGCUGGUUUUCUCCGAGCGGAAGGGCUCCUAAGGGCACGAAGAGUCAACUCGAAGGCUGCCAGCUGGUGUACUGGGCCCCUGAGCAUCGGAACUCCCUGUGGAGUGUGUCCGAGGCGAGAAAGCAGGGACAGUGAGGCCGCCACGUCUCACUGCAUCAAGGAGAACUCUGUCUGGGGGUCCGUGGACUGCUGCAGAGAAGGGACUGUGUUGUGUCUUCCUGCUUCGAGAGGCUCCCUGGAGUCCUGCUGACCGCACUGCCCAGUGGGGCAGACCCAGAUCCGGGAGUCCCCCCGUACGGGGCCGGCUCCGCUCCCUUGGACUGAUGCACAGGCCUCCUUGUCAAACACUUGUCACCAAACACUGCUUUGACUACUUGAUGGUGGGCUCAAGGUAUUCCAUGGCACUUUUUGUUUUGUGUUUUUACGUCUUUGGAGACUCUUCUGGGGAUGUCCUUCCCUUGCUUUCAUGGGCUUGCCUGGAGCCCGCCCUCACCCGCUUACGAGCACAGACGGAAUUCCCCAGGAGGGUUUCCACUGGGGGGCAGGCGUAGCGAUGAGGGUCCACUGGGAGUUCUGAGCCAAGUGAGACACCAGCAAGGACACUAUUACUCUGGAUUGAGUGCUGAAGUCUUUUGGUGACCAUAUGUUGUGUUGAAUUCUGGACACACUUUCUUUGGCCUGUAUUAGAUU